AUGGACAACUUCGACUACGGCUGUCUCUAUGACAGCCGCUGUGUUCGUGUGGACACCAUUGGUCGCACCACGGUGAUGACAGUGUCUGUGCAGGUAAUAAUUUUGAACGCGGCGUUAAAUUGUCACCUCAUCUCCUCCAUCUCACCUCACCUCCUCCAUCUCACCUCAUCUCCAUAUCACCUCAUCUCCUCCAUUCCAUCUCCUCCAUAUCACCUCAUCUCCUCCAUCUCACUCCUCCAUCUCACCUCAUCUCCUCCAUCUCACCUCAUCUCCUCCAUCUCACCUCAUCUCAUCCAUCCCAUCUCCUCCAUCUCACCUCAGUUCCAUCUCAUCUCCUCCAUCUCACCCAUCUCCAUCUCACCUCAUCUCCUCCAUCUCACCUCAUCUCCAUAUCACCUCAUCUCCUCCAUCCCAUCUCCUCCAUCUCACCUCAUCUGCUCCAUCUCACCUCAUCUCCAUAUCACCUCAUCUCCUCCAUCCCAUCUCCUCCAUCUCACCUCAUCUCCUCCAUCCCAUCUCCUCCAUCUCACCUCAUCUCCUCCAUCUCACCUCAUUUCCAUCCCAUCUCCUCCAUCUCACCUCAUCUCCUCCAUCUCACCUCAGUUCCAUCUCAUCUCCUCCAUCUCACCAUCUCCAUUUCACCUCAUCUCCUCCAUCUCACCUCAUCUCCUCCAUCUCACCUCAUCUCCAUAUCACCUCAUCUCCUCCAUCCCAUCUCCUCCAUCUCACCUCAUCUGCUCCAUCUCACCUCAUCUCCAUAUCACCUCAUCUCCUCCAUCCCAUCUUCUCCAUCUCACCUCAUUUCCAUCUCAUCUCCUCCAUCUCACCUCAUCUCCAUCUCACCUCAUCUCCUCCAUCUCACCUCAUCCCCUCCAUCUCACCUCAUGUCCUCCAUCUCACCUCAUGUCCUCCAUCUCACCUCAUCUCACCUCAUUUCAUUCAACUCUCUUCAUCUCCAUCUCACCUCAUCUCCUCCAUCUCACUUCAUCUCCUCCAUCUCACCUCAUCUCACGUAAAUAA